UCCAUUGACAUAUGUAUUUUGUGACUGAUUGUGAUUAGUGGUUAUUUGUAUUAGUAGCUAUGACUUACACUGUAUGUAUUUCUUUAUCUUUUUGUGUAUACCCUCCCCCACUUUAGUGCCGCUUAAGGCGCUGUGGGUAAUAAAGUAAAUAAAUAAAAAAUCUGCAGAAACAUGCUCUACGAGAUUGCAGAAGGUAUGUCUUAGGUCACGCGUGGCUCCCACUUUGCGGUGACGCGAAUGUUGUUUCUUUUUUUUAUAAUUAGAAAUGGCUGCAUUGAUGAGCUUUUAGCAGUUUUCGCGCUAGUAUUUUAAAUAUCAGAUUAUUGGUAGAGGGCUCUUCUAUACGCAUAUCAUGUUAAACAAGGCUUUAUUCACCGUUGACCAUCUUAUUUUCUUGGAGUUGGUCUUUAAUCAAGGGAGUGAGAGCGAGUAAGGAAAUUGAACAAAUUGCCAUAUUUUCCCAACUUUUUCAGGCACGUUUCCCAACAAGUAAAAAGCAGGCAAAGCACCAUCACUGGCAAAUAAAUACAAUGAAUGACGAAGCCCAGCCCAAUCGCAAUAAACCUCACUACGACGCGGCUGCGUACUCGGAGAGCGUCACGUGUUGUUUCCCUCUAAUAGCUAAGUUGCUAAAUUAUUAUAACUUGACGUUUGACAAUGCACAAGACGACGACGUCGGGCAAGAAAGCGCCAGUCCAUGUAGGCCACUGCAAUUCCUCGACAUUGGCUCUGGCUGCGGUGAGGUGACGUCGAAGAUCCUUCUGCCCAGUGUUCCAAGUAAUGUAGGCAGAAUUGUAGGGGUCGACAUGUGCGCAAACAUGGUUGCCUACGCUCGCGAGCACUCUUCUCAUCCAAAGCUAGCGUACGAACAGCUGGACAUAACAGGAGACAUCUCCGAGUUCCUCAGGCUCUACGGACCUUUCGAUCGCCUCUAUUGCUUCAACAGUCUAAACCGCGUGAAAGACCAGCCCAAAGCAUGGAGCAACAUGGCGAAGCUGCUGAAGCCUGGCGGAGAGUGUCUUCUGUUUUACAGCGCUUGGUUCGCUUCACCGGAAGUCUGGAGGGCAUUGGCCAGGAAGGAACGCUGGAGCAGGUUUGCGGAGGUGUGGGAGGCCCUCAUUCCGCCGUCACAGGACAUGAAGAGCACUGAAGACAGGCUGAACUAUGCCCGGUCACUGGCGAAGGACGUUGGGCUGGAACUGAGGAGCUGCGAGAUAGCUCACAUCCAUCUCCCCUUAAAAGACUGGUCCGGAAUGCUGACCGCAUUGCUACCAGGAAAUUACACCCUGAGCGCCGAAGAAAUACACGACUUGUUCAAAGACGCCGAUGAAGAAUUUCAGAUCUGGCUACGAGGACGGAAGAAUCCGCGCUUGGCUGAGAACUACGUAAUCCACGGCAUUAAGCCAAUGAAACGGAACACAUAAUUACGGUUCGGCAAUUCGGGCAGUAAAUUACCUUUCCGUUAACGGCAAUAUUAUUCAACCAAAAUUUUAACCGUGUUGAUCUUCCUUAUUUCAAAGUAUUAUGAUGGUCGUGAAUGUCAUUCAAUGAACGCAUUUCGACAGCGUUGCAUUGUGCGUACAAAUCAACUGCAGCUCAGUGACUAAGGCAUUCUGGUGCUCCGCAAGAUUUGGCGGAUUGGAUUUCCGGCAAUUGCGCUUGCAGUCUGGCAAUAGGGCGAAUAACGAAAACGCUCGUCUACCGAGGACUAUGUGCUUGUACGCGUGGGUUUUCUGCCUGCCGUCUAAUAAAAAAGUGUUUCAUUUGUUUAACUCGGAA